AAUUUAUCUGGAAAAUGUAACAAAUACAAAUUUAAACCGAUUUAUUAAAAACAUACAGAUAAGUAAAAUUUACGUUUUAAAAUGUAGAUUAAUAUUUGAGACAAAACAGACUACUGUUUAUGUGUAUGUAGCCAUCACAGAGAAUAGUCUGAUUCCAUGAUAUUUAACGCAUACACCUGAGUUACUUUUUAGGACGACUUGUGUAUUAAUUAUAGGCACGUCAAGAAAUACCUCCCUGUUUAUUUACAAUUCCCCUCAAGCGCGGAAAGUUAAGCGUGUGGUUAACGAAACACUGUGCAGCGUUUCAGUAGGAUAAAAUAAAUCUGCAAGUCUUACAUCACUGUUGGUAUUUUUGGAGUCUUGCAUUCUCCUGGAUAGGGGGUAGUUGCAGGGUGUCAUCUAAUCAGUUUAUGAUAGAAUGGUUGCACUCCCGGAGUCAUUUGGGGUAUGUUUUCGACCAUCGAUGUAUUUUUCUAUUUUAUUUAUCCUUAAGAAAUAAAUUCGUUUGAGAAUGGACACGGGUUAUAUGUGUUAAAUUUCAACGCUUACCACCAAAAUGACCGAUUGACCUUGGUCACAUGGAAAGAACAAAUGCUUGCAGUGCAAAAACGGCUGCAGGAGUUACGCUUUGAAAAGCUAAGGGAGACCGUAGAAAUGGCUGGUUUUGGGUGACUGCUGUAAUUCAGAAUUAAGCCUGGACGGAUACAAUAAUAAUGAUACAAAAAUAGGCAGAAAAACGCAUAUUCUUAUUUAAUGUUUGUCAGUGAGUGUUUGAGAUAUGUGGAAUGCAUUUGGGAAUGGAUCGGGUGUGUACGGAGGCGGUGGUGGGUACGUGAGCAGGGCUCAGGGCUGGGAGUUUGUGCCAAGGUCCCGUUUAGAGAAAGAAAGGAACAGGGGGCGAAGCUGCAGCCCGCGCAGAACUAUUUCAUCCCCAGCUUCUGUGCCCCAUUUGUUUGAGGAGCCUAAACCUGUGCUGGGAGCGGUAGCGUCAGAGUCAGCAGUCCCAGCACAAGCCAGCAAGUACGAGCUCCAGUGCCAGCAUUCGCGGCUGAAGAAAAAGUUUGAAGAGUUGAACAAACUCCAUGGGCAGAAGAAAGAUGAAUGGAUGAAGGAGAAAGAAGCACUUUUAAGACAAGUUGCUGAAAUACAAGGUGGAGAAAAUAGAAGGAUUUUGUUGGAUUUGAAGUCCGUUUUGGAAGAGGUUCAGUCGGAGCUUAAACAGGAGGCGACAAGAAGGAGCGACUUACAGCAGCUGUACACACGGGAUCGCUGUGCCUGGGAGCUGGAAAGAGCAGAACUGAAAUGUCGCAUUGCACUGCUGGAAGCAAAAGAAGAUAAGUACCAUUGUGAGAAAACCAGCCCUGACCCGAAGGAAACGCUGAAGAGGGAACGCGAGGAGCAGAAGAGGCUGCUGGCAGACACACAUACAGCGGCAAUGGACUUGAGGAAGCAGCUGGAGAGCAGUGAGCGGGGCUGGGGGAGGGACAAGGGAGAGCUGCUGGAGAGGUUUGACACGGAAAGAAAGCAAUGGGAAAGUCAGCUGAAAGACAUGCAGAGGAAGAUAGAAGAGCUUUACCAUGAAGUGAAGGCAAGACGGGAGAGCAAUGUGAAUGGGCAGGAGCAUGGAACCUGUGAUGAAGUAUUGAGGGUUUAUCUACGUCCACCCGUUUCAGAAUCAAUCUGUCUAAAUGGCACGACAGACCAGAAGCCUCACUGUGUCUCGGAGCCCGAUGCGCCAGAGAGGGAUGAGAUUCUAUAUAAACAAGAAGGGAUGAAUAUUUCAACACCUAGAGGACAUGACCCAGCUUUUGUGGAUCAUUUUAACAACGAGAGCUUCCAAGAAACUACAGGCUUCCAUAAUAAUAAUAAUAGUACAAUGUGUGGGAAUGAUAAAAAGAAACACACCAGUGCCCUUAAUGCAGCAUUGAAGGAAAUUGCAAAAGUGAGUGAAGAGCUCUGUAGCUACCAGGAUGAAAUCCGACAGAAAUCUAAUCUCUCUAACCACAGCAACAGAACUCAUUCUGUAUCUGUUUUGGAGGAAUACGAGGAAGCGCAGAAUGAAAAAAACAAAGCUGGGCCAAGAUGUGAGCCUAGUCAUGAAAUACCAGCAUUCAACCCACAGUGGUCAGGUGACCUCAGAGUGACAGAGGAAGAGAACAACAGGAUUAACUGGGCCUGCAUGAACAUGGACACGAAUGACAGCUUUGUGAACAGUGCAGAUAGAAGAGCUAGGCCUCUGCUGAUGAAGAAGGAGGCGCCACCAGUUCCUCCGAGGACUACAUCAUGGUAUCUGACGAGCCCAGUUACUCCACAAGCCAUGGACCAUUCUGUGGCGGAGGUCAACAAACCAUGGGAGCCGCAGGAUUCCUUUUCUGGUAGGAAGUGCAAUAGUCCUUUAGUUUUGAGAACAUUUGGGGCUCUGUUGCAGGAAAACGAAGGAAAAAUAUUCACAGAUUCUGGUAUCUUUACCAAUGUUGUGCCUGCUGAUUCCCAGUGCAAUAUUGACUGCUGUCAUAGUAGGUGGUCAUGUGACAUGAGUAAAUUUGGCAGCAAAUCACCGACCUACCAGCCUGUCCAGAAAAGAUAUUCAGAUGUCAACAUGCUAUCAUUCGAGAAGGACGACAGUUCAGACUACAAGUCAACCGAGAAGCCCAAGUUCCCAAAUGGGCCAUUUCAAAGCACAGACAGUAAAAGAGAAUCUAACUCUUACUGCAGCUCAGCUGAAAUCAGAGGUCCUACCUCAGGCACCCCCUCUUUGUACACUGAAACCAGCAGACCUAAGAAGAAUGAGACCUUGACAAUGAAAACUGCUGAAUUCAAUAGGACUUUGCUUCAGACAGACAUGGGUGAUGAAGUUGAUGAGGACAGUCUUAUUCUAGCAAAGCUCUGUUCAAAUGCUAAACCUAGCGGUUCAAACCCUAGCUGCACACUUUCCUAUACAGAGAAGGACAAUGAAAAAGAAUACUUUUAUCCUCAAAGAAAAGCCUCAGCUUUCUCAGAGUACAUACCUAACCAAACCAGAAAUAGUACAGGACUGAAUGCCCAGGGAGUAUCAAACGGAGGCUUGGUCUGGUUUGGCAGCAGUAAUGCUAAUGGCAAGCCUGUUUCAAAUGAACACCACUUGAGACCAAGCCAAUUAGCUUCUUGUCCUCCACCGACAGAUUCAAGAUCCAAUUACAGAGUUGCUGAAAAGAUUUUUAGGGGCUAUGAAAAUUCAAGUUCUUCUCGUCUGAAUUCUAACUGUGGCAUGCGUCAGCAACAAAACCCAAAGCCUGGAUUUGCACAAGACAACUCAGACAACCUCACUGAGUUCUUAGACAUGCUCCAAAUAGAACAUGAAGCCCAGGUUAGUCAGAGACUGUCUCCAGCUCCCUGCAGGCAGCCCAACAUGCACAAUGAUGUACGACUGGAAAUACAAGAGCAGGUACACCAGAGUGCAACCAAUCACCUGUGGCCCUGCAACGCUCUGCCCCCAGUGAAUAAUCACCCAGAAUCCUCAGCUCCUUUAGCUAGGAAGAAAUUCUCACGACCCACUCGGCCAGCAAAUCAACGUCUCCCAUCCCGCUGGGCCCGCAGACUCACUCCUGCUCCUCUAGCAGCAAGCAGAGCUCCACAGAAACGGAUAUAUGCCUAUUCCUACUACUCAGAGACUGCAAUACUCUGAGACUAGAGUCUUUAACAAGCAGAAUAAAACCAGGAAGUAUGCCUAGUUACCCUUUUAAAAUAGUUUUUACCUUCUGUAUAUACUUGACUGUUAUUUAUACUGAGCUUUUAAGUGCUUUACUUGUGUACGUGUACACAAAAUGUUUUUAGUAUGCUUUAGGUAAAAGAGACAUUUAUACGCUUAGUUGAAGCAUAGACAGUCUCCAGUGUUUCAAUGGCCUUCUGUACUUCUGUGCUAACUUUAAUCAUGACAGACAUUCUAUUGCAUUGUUUUUACUUAUUGUUUGUUUACCUAUUUUAAUAUUUCAAAACAGUUCUGUAAAUUCAAAACAUUGUUUCAUGGUGACUUGCAUGCGUAUGUGUUUGUUAGUUGCAUGUGUAUGUAGUUAUGAGAAUAUGAAACAUAAGUAGGUCAUCAUUGACAAACUGUAGACCAAUAUCGUAAUUUUAAUCAAUCUAUAAUCUCCAUGUUAAAUCUCUUGGGCGGUUAAUCAUUAUAACUUUAGAUGUUCUACUUAUUGACAGUGAAACAUGUAAUGAGAGUGAUCUGUUUUAUUGUCUGUGUUUUUUUUUUCUGAUAAUAAAAAUAAAAAUAACCAGGUAUUUA